UGGCUGCGUCAAAUCGCACACGUGACAACAGAGCGGUCUACGAUUGGUGUAUUCGAUUAGAGGCGGGGCUUCUGGAGACGCAACCCGGAAAUGAAGGAACUGCUGCAUUCAUCGUGUCGUGUUUGAGCUCAAAAUGGCCGGAAGUGAAAACUCGUCACCUCGUGUCCUGAGAAUCAGCCAGCUGGAUGCCUUCGAGCUGGACGAUGCCCUGGAGCUGCUCGUCUGGUCCCGGUUCGCUCGAUGCUUCCAGAAUUUCAAACCAGGCCUGCUGACUCGGGUGGAGCCGGAGCUCAAAGCUCUGCUGCAGCUCCUCGUCUGGAGGUUCACCGUGUAUUCCAGGAGUGCCACCGUGGGCCAGACGCUUCUCAACAUCCGCUACCACAACACGCUCAUCGCCGGACAGAAAUACCGCUCUCUAAGCAGGAAGCAGAAACUCUGGUUUGCUUUGUUGACGGUGGGCGAGAAGUGGCUGAAAGAACGUUCUCACAGCUUCUUCCUCGGACACUCGGGCCUCCAGAAAGCACGUCAUGCUCUAGCUUUGUUUAGCAGCGCGGCCAAAGUGGCUAGCCUGCUCAACUUUAUGCUCUUUCUUCAAAGCGGGAUGUUUCCCACCCUGACGGAGAGGAUGCUCGGAGUGCGGCCGGUGUUUGUCCAGGACCGGGGUGCCCGCGAAAUCAACUUUCGUUACAUGAACCGGGAACUGCUGUGGCACGGCUUUGCUGAGUUCCUUAUUUUCCUGCUUCCUCUGAUCAACGUGUGGAAGCUGAAGUCCCGCGUGUCUGGGUUCUUCUCCGGUUCCGAUCGCGCAGGUCGGGAAUCGGAGUCGGGCGGACGCUCCGAGUGCGCAAUAUGCUCCGAGUGGCCGGUCAUGCCCCACGCCAUCGGGUGCAGCCACGUCUUCUGCUACUACUGCGUCAAAAGCCGUACGACCGCCGACGUGUUCUUCACGUGUCCCAGAUGCGGUUUCGAGGUCGACGCCGUCCGGCCGGUCAAGUUUCAAAUAGAACUCACGGAAAUGCAGCAGACGUGAUUACCAAUUUUUUUUUUUAUUAUUUCUUUUUUUUUUUUUUUUUCUCUCUCAACAACAGCGUCGUCGUCAACGGUAACCGUAAUGUGAACUCGUGUUCGAAUCCCCAGAGACGGCGUCUGAUGAAAGACCGCAGCUUGUGCCUUUUUGUUGGCAUGAAAUAUGCAGGGAAAAGCCGAGGAGAGACGAACUCGAUGAUGCUUAGUUUCAAAUUAAAACGAUUUCUGUCGCUAAUUUAUUCCUGCUCAUUAAAGUUUGAUGGCGACUCGA